UUCUGCUCUAAAAAAAAAAAAAAAAAAGCCAGGUUGAAGUUUGCCAUUACAGGUUUCCCAGGCCAUCAGUCAGCACAUGAAACCCACUAAUGGAGGCCAAACCUCAUCCUCUUCUCACUCUUGCCUAACCUGUGGAUUUUUCCAGAUGCAGCUGAAGUGCUAGUUGUUCUCACCAGGGAUUCAAAGGCCCAGGUUCUGGCAAUGACCUUUUCUAGGACUCAUCUGGACCGCCCAGGAUUCUAUGCUGGAGAGUAAAACAGUCUGUUUUACAUUUGGCUUUAUAUAAUGCUGUCUCCACGGUUGUUCCACAAAAUCUUGGGAGUAGCUCUUUUCCUGUCCCCAUGCUGUGCUGAAGGUAAACCAGCAGGAAAUUGGCUACUGCCCGGUUUGGGGCACUUGUUUGGCAAUGGGAGAGAUGAAGGAUUUGUACCAGUUUCCCAACCGCUGGCUGAUAAUGAAGUGGGAGAUGUUAUCCGUCAGUUAGAACAUCGGAUUUCCAGACUCGAAGGAGUCCUCCGUUUACAAAAGAUGAUAACGGAAUCUGGAGGGAAAAUAUUUGCUACCAAUGGGAAAAAAGAUAAUUUCGACGCUACGAUUCAAAAAUGCAAAGAGGUUGGAGGGUCUAUUGCCACUCCAAGGAACCCAGGCGAGAAUGAUGCCAUUCUGUACUUUGUGAAAAAAGCUAAUACCUACGCCUACCUGGGGAUGAAAGAAUCUCUAAUUCCAAGAAAAUUCCAGUUCCUGGAUGGUACAGAGCUGAGCUAUACUAAUUGGUAUUCAAAUGAACCUGCUGGCAACGGGGAAGAGGAAUGCGUGGAGAUGUACACUGAUGGCACUUGGAAUGACAGAAAGUGCAACCAGUAUCACCUUAUUGUUUGCAGCUCACCAAUAACUGCCUGCACCCAUCAGCUCACCCGCCCACAGGCUUCAGCCUUGCGUGACUCCUCUUGUGAAACAAACUCUGCCAUGAGCACAAGGAAACAAGACCACAGGCAUGGCCUCGUACAGUAGUUUUCCACUCAUUGUAUUCCAAUCAAGUUUAGGAAGUUUACAAUGAUUAACAUCAGCCUGAGAAUGAAGUUGGACCCCUUCAACAGCCAUGGUUGAACACCACCUCCUCUAAGACGGGCUCUGGCUCCCUGACAGCAGAGGAUGGACACCCAGACAAAGCCACUUCAUUUUACCUGCAGGACACCUUGAGGACGCCGAGCAGCCAGGUCCUGGUGAGAGACCACUAGAGCAGAAAAUGAGGACAGGGGAUUUCCCACGCAAACUAUGGCUGAAUAACUGCUUGUCUAAACAGGAGAGUUGCAGCAAACUGAAAGAGGAGAAUGAGGAAGAGAAUGAAAUAACAGCCAGCAAGAAUUGAAACAAAAGCUGAAGAAGGAAGCAAACAUAGUUGAAGCAAGAAGUUAACAGAAAAUGCCUGACAGAGAAAAAUGCAGAAACAAGAGUCCACAAAUUAAGUCAGAAGUUAAGGUAUUUAAAGGAAUUCAUUAAUGGACAAAGAAAACUGAAUUAGAGGACAGGAGGCCCACCUCUGAGGUUCCCAGUGCAGCAUCUAUGUGCAGCAAUGAAGCAGCACAAGGCAGCUCCCUGAGCACAAACAUCCCUUCUCCCACAGCUGCCUCCCCUGGUUGUGAACAGCCUCACACUUACCUGCAUCCACCAGCAAAGGAGCAAGAAGGAAAAAAAUAUCAAAAGUGCCACAAGAAAGGUCAGAAUAGGACAUAGCCUAACACGCUCCAGAGCACAGCCCCACCAGUCAGAGCUGCAGACCUGACAAGAUGAAAACCAAACCCAAACAAAACCAAGCAGCUCUUUUGUAGCUCAGGUGACACCAGAGGCAGAGCACAGCUGGCUUCGGGGAACGAACCUGGUGGGCAGCAUUCCAGCAUCAACGACCAUCCUGCCACAGGUAUGUGGCUUAGCUGGCAGAGACACAGCCCUGAGCACACCCCAGGCUCUCAGCAAGCUUCAGACUCUUGACAUGGAGGAAAUCAUGGUGGAAACGAUCCUGGCCCCAUGGGAAAUACUGCUGGUGAUUUUGGCCACAGUGCUGAUAAUGAGUUUCCUCAUGUUUCUGCCCCCCGCCGCAGUGGUGAUCUGGAGGAUGAAGCGUGUGCCGCAGAUCUCCCUGCAGGGCUCGGUGUGAGCCAACCCCAGCACAGGCUGUCUCGCCCCCCAGCCCUGGGAAGGAUGGCUCAGGACGAUAACAUCGCCCAGGAGGGCUGUUACUGCCUAGGAUCCAUCCAAAAACCAUGGGUUUCCAAGUCUAUUGCUGCUAAGUUCCUGUGAAAAGACAUUGUGUAUAAUUUUGUCUUCAUGUACUACCCUUCUCAGCACUUUGCCUUCCAUUUUUUCUCUACAUUGUAAUUACUGUUGUUGGCUUAGUUCCUAGACCGACUUCUUCUCUUGCUUUAUAAUGGUCUGCAAAGAAGACUGAAAGAGAAGCAAGUAUAAUACAGCAUUGUAUUCUCUUAACUAGUGUCAGGAAAGCCUUUCUGUAGUUACUCUGUAAGGAGUACCUAGGCCUUCAGCUGAGGUGACCACAGUUAUGCAGGUGGACAUACCAGCAGCCAGAGGUGUGCUCUGGGGAGGCAACACAGUGAGUUAAGGUACUGGCUCACAGCUUAUAAACAGCCAACUCAUCCCUUCGUUGGUGUGUCUGCUACGCUCACGGUCAGAUGACUGACUGGUUCUGGGCUCAAAAGCAAGCCAUGUUUUUUUUUGCUUGUAAUGACUGGAUUCUGAGUCAGAAAGAUAGUAUGUAAUUUUCUAUAGCUGAAUCGUUUAACUGAUUAAUGAGGUAAAGGUCAAUUAGACAAAAUGUAUCACAUAACCAUGCUGUCUGUGUCUGAGACAUUCACAGGAACAGGGAAAAGGUGAAGUAGAGAAAGCAAAGACAAACAGAUGAUGCGGCUGUCUUCAGAUCUGUGGCGUCAGUGUUUGCUCAACAGAAGAAAAUUAAAACAAAAGCCCAAGCCUGGGUUCCACCGAAAACCAAGCAAGUAGUAACUAAGCUUUUUGUUUAGAUUUCGUAAUAAUGCAUAUACUUGUCUGUUCUGUAGCUGCAGCUGUACAAAUAAACUGGGUCUCUAGUGCUAUGGUGUCUUUGGUCUUCACUUGUACCCAGUGCCAGGUGGCCAGUGGCCUGGGCUUUCUGCUCUUUACACUUCCUACUGUGGCUUUGGUUUUCCAGAGUACGUAUGUGUGCAGGAGGGGUAUAAAGGCCCUAAAUAUGGCCUGUCCCAACUCUAUCACCAACCAGACCUCGGUUCCUUUUGUACUUUCCCACCAAAGCUAAGCCACAACUUGUGGUAACCACAAUCUCUGGCUAAGGGAGGCCCCAGAGCUGUGUGUGCCACAUACACCCAGGGAGCACGAGGACGUGUGAGUGCAGAAGCACACUUUAGCCCAGGAUCCCGCAGAGUGGACACCAUAGCUGUUAGAGCAAAUCAAGGGUCAAUAGGACUUUUUUCCAGAGCCCCACAGGGGCUGAACAGAGGACAUUGAAACUGAUCUCUAGCAGGCUAACCAGAGAGCUUCUCAGGCAGGUCCCUCAACACCCACCUCCACCUUUUUGGCAGAGAAGACACAUAUCUGCUAGUUUAGGGCAAUCCUAGUUCUCACAUUUUGUACUGGAUGGGGAUGUUGCAUUUUUUCUGUCAUUUUGCCUGGUUACAGCAAGCAUACGGGGCACUUUUUGACUCCUAAAGGCUAUAUCUUUCUGUGGGAUGUCCUCAAGCUGCUAAAUACAGGCAAACCCUUUCGG